UCACUUCCUCCCGAACUCCCCUCAGGCAGGAGUAUCUCAGUGCCCCACAGCCUUCACCAUGGCUGAUACAUAUGCGGUGGUGCAGAAGCGCAGGGCUACUUCAGGCCCCGGGUCAGGGUCUGGGGCAUGCAGCACGGAGGGAGCACCGCUCUACAGCCAUGUGACGCCGGGCACCCGCUGGCCGCAGGCACCCACAGAGGAGGGGGCACAACUGGGCGGUGUUCCUGCUGACCCGAGCCCUACUGGGCCUGGCACAUACGAGGACGUGGCUGGUGGAUCUCAGACCAGUGGUCUAGGUUUCAACCUGCGCAUUGGGAGGCCUAAAGGGCCCCGGGACCCUCCUGCGGAGUGGACCCGGGUGUGAAUGCUGCGCCCAGCCUGCCUGCUACCCCACAUGGGUGCCUGGACUGCUGAAGGUUGUGCUCUGCUUUGUGAAGUGUUGGGAAUGGAAACACUGGGCCUGGAUCAAAAUAAAAUUUCUCAGAGUGGGAAA